AUGCUGCCUCUGUCCCCAUCAACAAUAUCCUCCUCCUCCCUGGAUACAAAGGAUGCCGAGUCGGCGAAGACUAUCGGUAGUCCCGAGUCACUGUCACCCGACGAGGCAGCGAGGGACUGUGAUUCGUACCUGCCUUUCGAAAUCCCAGGUGCUGUGUUGUUGACUGCCCCCUCUAUUUCUGUCCUUCGACAAGCUGCCAACGAUGUCUGUAAUCGAAUCAACUCCGACACGUCUUACUCGAACCAGUUUAUCAUCGUGUCAAAUAUAUCCCAGCCUCUGCAGGAGCAAUUAGGUGGAGACCGAAAUCCUCUCGAGGUUCCCUACAGAUUGACACUCGACGCACAGCGCCAGCAAGUGGUUAUUCGAAUAAUGCCCUCAGGAGCCCAUGAGCGACUAACGCAGUCAUUUACGGGUGAACUUAUCGAAAAGUUACUCGAUAUGGGGAUUCGUCCAAGAGCUUACACCUUAAACGCGGCUACCCGGUACCAAGGAAGAACAUGCGCUAAAGAAGCCGAUCAGUCUCUCACUCCGUCGCGGGAUACUUUUUCCGAUAAUGAGUGGCCUUCGCUUGUUAUUGAGACGGGUCUUUCUGAAUCAGAAGCACAACUACGAGCCGACGUAUAUUGGUGGUUCUCAAAUUCCGACUACCAAGUCAACGUGGUUAUACUCUUUCACAUCCAAAGAUCCCCUGAGCGCAGAGUCACUAUAAAACUCUACAGUCUCAGACCAACCACCCCCAGAAUCACCCGUGGACUAAACGCGGAAGCCCAGCGCACUCUGCUAUCCAAUCCUCCGCUACCUCAAGCAGACUCUUCAAUAGUGCUGCGUCAUUCAGAGGUCCACGAGAUCAUUAUCACCUCAAGAGAUGUCCAGAAUGCUCCGCUGGAACUAGAGUUCGAAUCCGUCAUGCGCCGCCAUCCAGCACCUAACACGAGGGAAAAAAAUAUUACAUUCACUGCCGAGGAUCUUGCUGUGUGCUGCAGCCAUGUCUUUCUGGAAUCCUGA